GUGAGAGGGGGAAAGGUUCAGGCAAUAGCUAUGUGUUUGCCAAGGACUGGUUGAGCUCCCUGAAUGGAAGUUGGCAGUACCUCUGGCUAAAUCGGGCAGGUUUGGCACGAGGCUGCACAAUGACGACUGAUUGGGAUUACGACUACCUGAUCAAGCUCUUGUCGUUAGGGGACUCUGGAGUGGGGAAGACCACUUUCCUCUACAGGUACACCGACAACAAGUUCAACCGCAAGUUCACCACCACAGUGGGAAUAGACUUCAGGGAAAAGAGAGUGACGUAUUUGGGGACAGGCUCUAAUGGAACGACAGAGAAGACGUUUAAAGUGCAUCUACAGCUCUGGGACACAGCAGGGCAAGAGAGGUUCAGAAGUCUCACUACAGCCUUCUUCAGAGAUGCAAUGGGCUUCCUUCUUAUGUUUGAUCUGACCAAUCAGCAGAGUUUUCUGAAUGUCAGGAACUGGAUGAGUCAGCUACAGGCAAAUGCCUAUUGUGACAGUCCAGACAUAGUCUUAGUUGGCACCAAAGCAGACCUCAAAGACCUGAGAGAUGUACAAGGAAAACAAGCCAGGGACCUGGCGGACAGAUAUUGUGUACCCUAUUUUGAGACGAGUAGUGCCACAGGGGAUGAGGUAGACCAGGCAGUGACCACUCUGCUGGACCUGGUGAUGAGGCGCAUGGAGCAGAACACAGAGGGCCCUGUGUCAGAGGCUGCCAAUGGGAGCGCAGUCAUUAACGAAGUGGCCGAAACCUCCACCAGCAGGAAGUGUGCCUGUUAGGAUGUCAGCCACAUUUCAUGGACAUGUGGUUGGCUGCAUUCAGAAUGAAGGACCAUUCAUUCAAAUGUGUAACUAUUGCAUCAUAGGAGUUUUAUUAUAUUGGAAAAGUUCAAUUAUCCCAUACAGUAUUUUAAGGAUGUGUAUUAUCCUCUUAUGUAAUAAUGUGUGUUUAUUUUUGGACUGAUAACUGCUGCACUGGCUAUUUAUUCCCAACCUGGUCAGUAUUAUCUUCAGUAUGUACUUGUGAUGUAUGUUAUUGACCAGAAACAAGCAACAUAACACACAAUCCAGUUUUAUAACAUUGUAAAAUGAUUAAAAAGUAAAUGAAAGCACCAUG